UUGUGCAUAUCUAUAAAUAUGCAGCAUCCUUGACGUCCCUUCCUCUCUUUAAAGUCUGAUAUUUCAUUGAUCUGUAACUUGGUUAUGUCUUGCUCGAAUGGCGGCACGGAAGGUGGUGGUGAAAAUCAUGACCAUGAAUGACGAAAAGACAAAGAAGAAAGCUAUAGAAGCUGUUUCCGACAUAUAUGGCGUUGAUUCGAUAGCGGCGGAUGUGAAGGAGCAGAAGCUGACGGUCAUAGGAGAGAUGGACACGGUUUCCAUUGCCAAAAAACUCAAGAAAAUAGGGAAAGUGGAAAUUGUCACCGUGGGACCUGCUAAAGAAGAAAAGGAGGACGACAAAAAAGAUGAAAAGAAGGAUGACAAGAAAUGAUAAUUUGAAUUUCAAGUUCCUGUCUUCUUUACUGUAAACAAAUUGAAGUUCGUGUUGUUUUCAUAUCCUUUAGAUUAGCUACAUGAUUAAACAUGGUAAUAAUACGGUAUUCACUGUCGUGCA